CUCAACGAAAACAGAAAAUCCAUUGAGAUUGAAAGAACACUUAAAAAAUACCUACUUUAAAGAGUUAUCACCUUAAUUUUCCUUAUAAGUUGUUGAAAUGUGUUAUCGGUAGUUAUGGACAGUGAAAUGACAUUUGAUGAGUGUGAAACCAAUGAUAUAGAAUUAAAUUGUAAAUUAUUUGACGAUCUCAAGCCUGUUUCGGGUGUUACUUGGAUUAACGAUGAAGACACUGAUGAAACUGAACUGGGAUUUCACAGGGUCAAUUCUGAUCAAAUUAUAUACCAAACGAAGAAAAAGAGGUGCAAAAUGAUAGGUAAAUAUGUGAUGGGUGAUUUGUUAGGAGAAGGUAGUUAUGCCAAAGUAAAAGAGAUGAUGGACACUGAAACCCUGUGCAGGCUAGCAGUGAAAAUUUUAAAGAAGAGGAAAUUAAGAAGAAUACCAAAUGGAGAAGAAAACGUUCGCAGAGAAAUACAGCUUUUGAGAAGACUGAAGCACAAAAAUAUUAUUGAACUUGUUGAUGUGAUAUACAACAACGAGAAACAGAAGAUGUACAUUGUAAUGGAGUUUUGUGUCGGAGGUCUGCAAGAUAUGCUUGAAAGUACACCAUUGAAGAAAUUUCCCGAAUGGCAAGCUCAUGGAUAUUUCUGCCAGCUGAUCAACGGGUUAGAGUACCUUCACAGUCAGGGGAUCAUUCACAAGGACAUCAAGCCCAGCAACCUGCUGCUGACUCUCAACAAUGUACUAAAAAUAUCUGACUUUGGGGUUGCAGAGGCCUUGGACAUGUUUGCUCCUGAUGACACAUGCUACACCAGUCAAGGGUCUCCAGCAUUCCAACCUCCCGAGAUCGCCAAUGGUGCUGAACAGUUUUCUGGUUUUAAAGUUGACGUGUGGAGUAGCGGGGUGACACUGUUCAAUAUCACAACAGGCAAGUACCCGUUUGAGGGUGACAACAUCUACAGGCUGUUUGAAGCCAUUGGACGGGGAAAUGUAGAGAUCCCUGAAGAGGUUGAAGAGCCUCUUGCAAGUUUACUGCAAGGAAUGUUGGAAAAGGAGCCACAAAUGAGAUUCACCUUACAUCAGAUAAGACAUCAUCCUUGGUUCAUACGGAAACCUGGUCGCACACAAGAGGAAGUGUCAGUGCCGCCACUACGAGGAGACGAUCUCCACCGUAUGACAGUGCUGCCAUAUCUCAUCAAUUACUACUACGGGGACGAUGAGAGCCAAUAUUCCUCAGAGUACUACACUGAAAGAGAACUAAAUGAAAGCCAAAAGUGUGUUGACUAUGGGAGCAACGGCAACUUAGAGAACAUGGGAAACGGGAGUGGAGCAAACGGAGGGACUGAAAUUGAACAACAAAAAUCAAGCAAACCUUCGUGGAGGCGGCCAACUUCUUGUUUAAGUGUAAAAAAAUUACAUCCUUGUCGUCCGUCGUGACUGACCUGUGCUACCAGUCCAGCCAGAACUGAGGGUGUAGAAAUCCAAACAUUUGUUUACUUUUUAUUUAACUGUGCAAUUGCUAUAUAUUUUGUUUUUCUGAUUUUUGGCAAUAGUGGACACUAUUGUGUCAGAUUCAACUGGCAUUUCAAUGUCCUUUUAAAAUCUUGAAUCUAUACAGCUAAGGUCUUAUUAUUAUUAUAAUUUUAUACAAACUUAGAUCUUAUGACAGAACUUCUUAAAUAACAUUUACAUGGAUAGUUUAUGGAUACCUUAUUUUACACCAAUAUAGAGAAAACCAUUUAUUAUUAAACUUUUUCACAACAAGGAUCUCGUCUAACUGUGAGCUUUACUAAUUUGUAAAUUGAUAAAUGCUAUUGUAUGCUGAAACUGAAACGGCUGAUCUUAGUCAGUAGCAAAGCUACAAAGAUCAUCUCAAUCCAUUCUACACUUUUUCUUCACUCAUAAAUAUACACCUAAAUAGUGUCCCCAUCUCAAUUAAUUUACAACCAUCAGAAAAAUAAGAAAUUAAUUUCAGAAUUUGAGGAGAUAUUAAAAUAUCAGGGAAAAUUACAGAAACAUACUGCCAUUCUUGCCAUAAUAUUCUGGUUUAAUUUUUCAGAGUUUUGCCAGAAAACACCCUGUUGUAAGAGUCAUACUUCAGAUUUCUUGACGAAUAAACAAUUUAUACUACAAUUAAAUAAUUUAAAUUGUUAACAAAAGUCAAAUAGAUUUUUAAUUUUUUAUUCUGUAACUGAUGAAAUCAUAAUAUUUUUUUUUAAAUUGCUAAUGCCUUCUUAUUUUUUAACCUAAACACAUAAAAUAUGAUAUCUAUUCAUGAUCUGUGCUUAUUUCAUAUAUUAGAAUUGUUUAAUACAUUUAGUAGUUCUGCAUAACCAAUAUUUGGGUAUUAGAUUAGAAUGCUUGCCAGUUUAAAAUUGGUAGAGUAAUGCGACCCUAGGCAAGUUUUCUAAAAUUCCCUGACAUCAUACUAAACAUACUCCUUUAAAGACAAUUUUAAGGUGUUUCUGUCCGGGGGUUUACAUCCUAUAUAAGAGAGUGUUUUGUUGUUUACUAUUUAUUUAUGGUUAUUCAACCAACUUUACAUAACAUUAUUUUAACUUAAAAUGACGAUAUAUUUGUAAACUACUGCUUCUCAUGCAGCAUUAUAGCCAAAAAGUAAAGCACAAUAUUUAAAAUGGACUCUAGAAUAAGAAAUAAACAUUUAAUUUAACCGUUCAAAUGUAACGGACAUAAACACAUAUCAAAGCAGGCCUCAGAUUUUACAAAAGUAUGGUGAAGUCUACUUGUCCUAUUCAAAGGCCUUUGCCUCUCAUAUUGUAGCUCUAAAUUAUAAUAUAGCAAGAUUCUCAUUCUAAAAAAAAACAGUUUAUAGAAAGAUCGCUAUUAUUUUAAACUACCGUAAAAAGGUAAAUACCUCAAUCUUGUACAGUAUGAAACAUUUUUUUAUAAACUAGAACUUAAAAUGUAAUAAUCAAUUCAAAAUAAUCAUAGCCUGAUACAAAGUGAUUCAAGUGUAUGUGAUCAAUGUAAAUAGAUGUAAAUUUGUAAUAAAAUAUGCCUUUAACAAAUCAAAAGUUUUGCUGAAAGUUUUUUGUGUAUUAUUUAGUAUUUUAAUGUUUAAGUGUGAUUUUAUUUCUAUGAAAUAUUUUGUCAAUAAUUCAGCUGACCUUUUUAGGUUUUUGUUAUUUAUAAAAUAGUACAACGCUGAAUAUGUAUAUUUACAUUUAAGAAAGAGCUUAUUUAAUUAUUCUGGUCAUAAUCAGAGAUAUUUUUCAAUUUGGCUGUGAAACCUCUAUUAACCGCCAUUACCGAUACAGAAACCCCGCCAAACAAGAGAACAAGUUGAACGGAUACAGUACAUAUUGAAUCAUGAACUGUGAAGGAAUUGAUCAUAUUUUACCAUUAUUUGUCAUGCCGGUCCGAUCAGGUUGAGUAGAAUGUCAUGCCAAUCAGAUUGUGCCAUCACUUUGGAAACACACAUUUUUACUACUUAGCCAGUAGCUGACAUCUAGCAGUGAUUUUAUGUACUAAUAGUUCAGAGUACAUGCUGAGCCUUCUAUAUGAUAUGUGUAGUUUCUGAUUAUUCUACGGUUAGCACAAGAAACCUGUUAAAAGGUAAAAUUAUGAUGGCACAAUCGUAAAGCAAAAUUAUUGUUGAGGAGUGGGGUAAGAAAAGAGCGGUAAGAACAGCUUUAGUUAGUUUACAAAACAAAGUGUGGUACUCCAACUAUGCAAAUCUUAAUCAAAUGCAAAGCAAAAGUGUCGCCUGCGUUAAAAGUUAAAAAUUGAUGCUUUUCCUUAUCAGAUCAGCAUUCAUUCUCUCAGUAAUGAGAGAAUUAAUUUAAAACAUAAAUAUACCACAGAAUGGGGCUAAGUAGAGUAGUGAAGUGGUUCUUAGGGAGAUUGUAGUUGGAUAUACAGAUGACAGACUUGACAGUUAAUUGAGGUUUUACUUGAAUGUUAUUUUCAAAUGGUAGAUAUUAAAAAUGGAUUAAGUAACGUAGUGAUAGGAAUCAGCCUGCUAACCUGGUGGGCAGAGUCCAUCUGUACUUACAUCUUAACUCCAUCUACCAGGUAAGCUAGCUGAUUCCUAUCCCUGUACAUAAUACUGCUAAACAGCCAAUUGGCUUUUCCUUAAUUUCUAAUCUAUUUCUAAAAUAAUUAAUUUUUGCUUGCGGGUUACGAUGAUGAUUCCCCCCGAGUUGUUGAGGAUUUUGCAAUCACGGGAGUUUUAUUUGGUUGCGAUCAAGAUUGGUGAUGAUAAUGUCCCCGUGAUCACGGGUAAGUUCCGCCUAAGGGGCAGGGGCCGUUUGAUUUAAUUUGACCUAGGGCUGCAAGUACCUUAAAUCCGGCAAUAUUAAUGUACCCUUAAAUCCAAAAAGUAUUUGAUAUAAAAUACAUACGUUAGUAAAUACAGAAGUUUUAAACGUUUAUAAGACCAACAACUUUUCAUAAUUAUCUAUAAGUGUGUUUUAACCAAACAUGAUCCAAUAUUUUGAAAUUGAAUGUUUUAAGUAGACAAACCAGUUAUACAUGUAUUUGUAAUACUUAAGAUUUUUUACUAGUAACCUAAUAAAAAAACCUGUAUGAUAAAAAUACCAGUUUUGUUAAAAAUCAUGAACAAUAUGGUGUUACUUAUUAGUGUAGUUUAAUGAUGUAUAUAAAUGUUCAAAGUAUAUUGUAAAUAUUUCUUAGUUUUAUUAAUGACUUAAUAUUUUCCUAUUUGUGGCAUAGCUGACAGUUGAUUAGUGUUGUGAAAACAUAAAGUUUAACCCUUCCAGUUUGAGUGACAGUUUUAAUUAUCCAUACCACAGCAGAGUCUCGAAAAACAUUACUUGGGAGCUGAGUCUGAUACAAUAUACUUGUGCGAGAUAGUAAAAUCUUAAAUAAAACAGAAACCUUAGUUUAAAGUACAAACCUAAAUUCACCACGCUUCUUGUAGCGACUUUUAA